CCCAAUAUUACAAUGAUGUAUGGGAACAACACGGUGGCAGAGGUGUCAUGGGUGAAGGCCAGCUUGCUUCCAAGCCUCUUCCUCGGGGCUUGCUUCCUGGUUGGCAUGCCUGGGAAUGGUCUUGUGGUCUGGACGGUUCUUACCAAGUUCCCCCAGCGCUCAUUCACCAUUAAUGUCAUCUUGAACUUGGCCUUGGCUGACUUGAUGGUCAUGUUGACAGCGCCAUUCUGGAUCUACUAUUUUCUCAACAGCUGGGUCUUUGGAAAUGUCAUGUGCAGACUUCUCAUCUACCUCGUCUACUUAACUGUGUAUGCCAGCAUCUUCUUCAUCACCCUGAUGAGCCUGCACCGCUUUGCUGUUGUGGUCUUUCCGUUCACCUCCCAAAUGUGGCGGAGGCCACAUGUGGUGUGCAGGAUGUUGCUGGCAGUUUGGUUGCUGGCAGGUGUCUUUGCAUGCCCAACUUUGAUAUCUGCAUCGACCAAGAACAAGGUUGGAGAGUGUACGGAUGACAUGUAUUUCUCGGAUGAGCACCGCCUUGCAGUCAAUGUUCUGGAGAUCUUGUUUGCCUUCGUGAUCCCGUUGUCUAUUCUCUCCAUCUGCUACUCCUGCAUGAUGAGAAGGAUUCGGACACUGAGACGCUGCAAGGAAAUGAAAACUGGGAAGCUGGUUGCAGCUGUGGUGGGUGCCUUCUUUGUGUGCUGGCUGCCUUACCACAUCUUAAAUCUCGUCAUAAUCUCUGCAUUGUUGCUGAAAUAUGCUCAACCGGAGAAGGCAAAGGCCUUGCUAGAGACAACUGAAGCGCUAAACAACCUUCAUGGGUCCGUAUGCUUUUUAAGCAGCUGCCUGAACCCCAUCCUCUAUGCUUUUGCUGCCCGGAGCUUCCGUGGCGGACUGCGAGAGACCAAUUUUGCCAAGUUAUUUGCCAAAAUGCAGGAAGACACAGAGCAGAAACUUACUAGAGAAGGUACUGCUUCAGUGCAGGCUCUGUAACUCCAGGGGAGGAAGGGGGUAACUUUAGACUAAAAUAUUCCUCCUCUGAUAUGAGCAUUUUCUGUAUAUAUUAAUAAACAAAGGAAGAACCUCAGAGGUUGCUGGGGUAAAAUAAUGGAUGUGAGACCAACACAAUGCUGUUGUGGCACCUGGCAAUCUGAGGGAGACCCAGAGAGUUUUUGUGUGCAGCAACAACAACCUUAUCUGUGGUUCAUUAGCAACUUUGGAAUGUGGAGAACUCUUGACGUCUAUUCUAUCCAAAAAACUUUCCUACCUGUAUCCAGGCUAUUACCUGCUUACAUUUUUGCUCUGCGCAGGACACCUCACAAUAUCUCCAUGAAAGAACCGUGAGCCCUGGCUGCAUUAAGAUGUGCUACCUCUACUCAGUCCUUCUUAGGGAUGGACAAAUCUAUCAAUUUCAGUUUCUCCCACUUUCCCAUUUUUUCAAUCUUAAGUUCAGUUCUUCACAUUUCCACAUCAGUUGUUUUUUUUAAGUCCUCAGUAAUAUUCAUCAGCAUUUUAGCGUGGAUUUCUUUUAGUAACUACAUUUUUGUAUGCAUUUUAACCUGAUAUACACAUUUUUGCAAAGCUAUUUUCACCAAUAAAAUGCAGACUGGUGUUUUAUUUUCACAAAUAUAAGCAAUGAUAUGCACAUUUUCAUCUAGCACUUGCAUUUUUGUACCUAUUACAUGGCUGAAGAACUGCAUUGCAAAACUGGAAGAAGUGCAGAUUUAAAUGGCUGUGUUUCACUUCAUGUAUUUUUUAAGAAAAAUACAAAUUAGGUAGGUUCAUCUUUAAAUAUGAAUGAAUUUAAUUUACCCCCUAUCCCUAGUUCUGCUGGCUACUUGGGUACCCAAGAUAGAAGAUGCUCAUGGCAGGUUCUUUCCCGAAGUUUUCCAGUGCUUACAAUAAUCAAGUCAACCUUCUACCUGCAGAAAUUGCUGCAGAACUGAAAUUGCUGACCAGAGAUAUCACCUUGAAAUAUUAUUGUGUCUGGUGGGAACCUGUUUUGGCUAUCCUGCUAUCCCAGCAUUCCUUUGCUAAAGCCCAAACUUUUAAAGUAUUUUGAAUAAGGGCACAGCUAGCAGCAAUACUCUUACAAUACUUAUGUUGAGUUA